AGAAAGUCCUUUCCCAGCCAUCUUGUGGCUUCAUCUAGCGAAGUGCUCGCACCAAGCCUCGUAGAAUCGGAGGAAAAUCCUGCUGAAGGGGCGCCAUCAUGCCCGGACAAAUGCAAGAAGGUUUUGGCUGCGCCAUAACCAAUCGGUUCGACCAGUUAUUUGACGACGAGUCGGAUCCGUUCGAGCUGCUGAAGCAAGCCGAAGUUAAGAAGAAGAAGGAGGCUGCGGUUCCUGGUGCCGCCAAGACAGCAGCGCAGGCUGCCAAGCAGCCCAAGAAGGAGUCCCAGAAAGAAAGGAAGGCCCCACUGACUGAUAAAAAGGAGGAAACUCAGGCUCCAGUGCCACUCAAGAAAGAUGGUGCUGGCAUGAGGAGAAUGGGCAGGAAACCGGAGGGCGAAGGAUCCAGACCUCAGGGCGGCCAAGGAGAAGGGCGACCCCCUGCAGACAGACGCCCCGUUGACAGACGGCCGCCUCGUCGCUUUGAGAGGCCUCCCGGUGAUGCUCCAGAGAAACCUGAGGGCGGCGAAUUCUCAGUGGAGAAGCCUGUUGGUGAUAGGCCAAUGAGAGGACGUGGUGGCGGCAGGGGAGGCCGUGGCGGCAGAGGGCGCGGCGUGGGUCGCGGCGACGGAUUCGACUCCAGAGGAAAACGGGAAUUUGACAGACACAGUGGCAGUGACCGAUCUAGUCUGAAAGGUGAGGACAAGCGUGGCGGAAGUGGAUCUCACAACUGGGGCACAGUUAAAGAUGAACUAAAUGAGCUUGAUCAGUCCAACGUCACUGAGGAGAACCCGGAGGGAGAGGAACAUCCACCUGCUGACUCUGAGAACAAAAGGGAGAAUGAGGUUGAAGAACUGAAGGAAGAAGGUCCUAAGGAGAUGACUCUGGAUGAAUGGAAGGCCAUGCAGGACAAAGAGCGGGCCAAGGUAGAAUUCAACAUCCGCAAGGCCAACGAGGGAGCCGAUUGGAACAAAGGAUUUGUGCUUCACAAGUCCAAGGCUGAAGACAAGAAAGGCGAUCUGACUGAUCUUGACAUUGAUGAUUCCAAGCUUGAUGAUGAGCACCACUUCCGGAAGCCAGCCAACGACAUUACGUCCCAGCUGGAGAUAAACUUCGGAGAUCUCGGCCGUCCCGGGCGCGGGCGUGGAGGACCGCGUGGCGGCCGGGGAGGCCGCGGCCGCGGGGAGACCCCUAGGCCAACUCGGGGUGGUGGAAGACCCGAAAGGUCAUCUACGUCUGUGCCGAACGUGGACGACCCAGAGGCCUUCCCAGCCCUGGCUUAAGCUCUGGCUGUUAACCCUCAGGCCUUCAGGAGCCUCUUGAGCACCUCCACUACGAGGCUUGCAUGUUCCUGGAUCCUUCAGCAAAGUCAAAUGAUGGCGAAGACUGUCAUAAGGAUGACACUCUGUGAGGACUGAGUUUUAUUCAAUAAAAACAAAACAAAGAUGAAAAAAAAAAAAAUAACAAAAAAAACAUAAAAACAAAAGGACUUCUUGCUACUCUGGAGCAACUUAUUGGUAGAGGUUUUGUACUUUGUAACAAAGUAGCAGGGAUGUUUUCAUACAGUAUUUUUUUCAGAGGUUAUGCAUUGUCCAUUAAUAAAGUUUUGUAAUUGCUGCUUGAAAAUAUGCAUUUGAAAAUGUAAGCAUACCGAUAUCUUUUGGCGUGGUGAGUGCUGUUGCUUGUUCGCUUUAAGAUUGGGCGCCGUGGAGCUCCACCAGCUCCGCCUCAACAGGUUUAUCUGAUGAAUUUACAACUUCAUUGAGAUUUAUGGGUUAUUUCCUUCCUUUAGCACUGAGAUAUUGUUUUAUAUUUUAUAGAGGAGGUCUGUUCUAUGAUCUUCAGCCUGUAAAUCUCAACUAUUUUCAUAGAGUCAAAGACUUUCACAUGGUGCACAUGAAAAACACUGGUAUUCGAAGAGAUGCUGCCUUCAAUAGAAACAGAAAGGCAGUCGAUCUAAAGUUUCAUUUUGUUUUUUACUGAAAUGUUCUUAAAAGCAGGUCAUUUUUGCAGAAGACAUUUGGAAUACCUCUAAAUUUUAAUCUUAAGUUUAAAAGGCUAUGAAGCAUUUGUAUUUUGUUGUAUCAGAAGGAUAAUAGUCAGAAAUUUCUGCCUCCGAUUCUCCUAUUAGGUCAUCAGCCAUGUGCAAGUCAGUUGCUGCCUUCCUCUUGAUUGUGAGACGAGGAGGUGUCUUAACUCCCCAACACAGACAGCUGAGAUGAGACUGCUCUGACCCUCUUUCGUUUACACACUCCACUCAGCAUCCUUCUACAGAUAUAAACUCUGCUCGGCCUUGAUUUGUUUCAGUCUGUGCUGAUGUUUUCCUCUGCUGUUGACUUGCUCUGUAGCUUCCAUGAUGGCACCAUUGCAUAAUUGCUCUGAAAGAAAUACAGUUGUCAUAGUGUGGGACAACUGAAUUGCUCUAAAAAUGUGUGAAUUCUAGCCCUGCUAUUAGGCCUCUGUCGGUAAAUAAAGGUGGUCAACAAAA